UGUUAUAUAGCAUAGUGAUUACUUUUUAAACUAUGGAGAGCAGGGAAAAAAACUCCACUAAUUUAAGUAGUUUUUCUUAAGUAAAGUAGGAAUGAUUCCUUUCUAGUCCAAUUAAUUAGGAUAGAAGGGAGAAAAUUAACCUGGUAAAGAAUUUCUAGUGAUAUUCUAGUAGCCACUUGAUUCUGCUAUAAAAGUUACGGAAUUUUCAUAUCUCAAAGUUCUUAUGCAUCUUACUUGAUUUUGGCAGUAAGCUACUAUUACGAUUCGUGUUUGUUGACUACUGCCAUCUCAGUGUUUUGAAAUGCCUACUUUCCAAAAAUAACAAAACAUAGUUUGGAUAUGAUAGUGUUUUCUGAUACUAGUGGACAAGGUAGUGUUGUUGCUAAGCCCUAUGGGAAGAGGGGAGUGCUGUGUAGAGUGUCUAUAAAAACAAAGCAGACUGCUUCCCUGGAGUGUUCUGACUUCUUUUGUUAUGUGCACAUGGGCCUGUGCCAUGUAGCUCUUUUUAGAUAUGAUUCAGAAAGUCAGAGAGUAGGAGGUAGUCUGCUGAUCUACAAGGGAGAAAACAAAAUUGAGGCUGGUUUCAGCAGAGCAGCUUUACCAUUCGGGUUAGUUAGGCGAGAAUUAUCCUGUGAAGGUUAUUCUAUAGAUCUGCGAUGUCCAGGCAGCGAUGUGAUCAUGAUUGAGAGCGCUAACUAUGGUCGGACAGAUGACAAGAUUUGUGAUGCUGACCCAUUUCAGAUGGAGAAUACAGAUUGCUACCUCCCAGAUGCCUUCAAAAUUAUGACUCAAAGGUGCAACAAUAGAACACAGUGUAUAGUAGUUACUGGGUCAGAUGUAUUUCCUGAUCCAUGUCCUGGAACAUACAAAUAUCUUGAAGUCCAGUAUGAAUGUGUCCCUUACAUUUUUGUGUGCCCUGGGACCUUGAAAGCAAUUGUGGAUUCACCAUGUAUAUAUGAAGCUGAACAAAAGGCAGGUGCUUGGUGCAAGGACCCUCUUCAGGCUGCAGAUAAAAUUUAUUUCAUGCCCUGGACUCCCUAUCGUACCGAUACUUUAAUAGAAUAUGCUUCUUUAGAAGAUUUCCAAAACAGUCGCCAAACAACAACAUAUAAACUUCCAAAUCGAGUAGAUGGUACUGGAUUUGUAGUAUAUGAUGGUGCUGUCUUCUUUAACAAAGAGAGAACAAGGAAUAUUGUGAAAUUUGACUUGAGGACUAGAAUUAAGAGUGGAGAGGCCAUAAUUAACUAUGCCAACUAUCAUGAUACCUCACCAUAUAGAUGGGGAGGAAAGACUGAUAUCGACCUAGCAGUUGAUGAAAAUGGCUUAUGGGUCAUUUAUGCCACUGAACAGAACAAUGGAAUGAUAGUUAUUAGCCAACUAAAUCCAUAUACUCUUCGAUUUGAAGCAACGUGGGAGACUGUGUAUGACAAACGUGCUGCAUCAAAUGCUUUUAUGAUCUGCGGAGUCCUCUAUGUGGUCAGGUCAGUUUAUCAAGACAAUGAGAGUGAAACAGGCAAGAAUGCAAUUGAUUACAUUUACAAUACCCGAUUAAACCGAGGAGAGUAUGUAGAUGUUCCUUUCCCCAACCAAUACCAGUAUAUUGCUGCAGUGGAUUACAAUCCUAGAGAUAACCAACUCUACGUGUGGAACAAUAACUUCAUUUUACGAUAUUCUCUGGAGUUUGGUCCACCGGAUCCUGCCCAAGUGCCUACCACAGCUGUGACAAUAACUUCUUCAGCUGAGCUGUUCAAAACCACAGUACCAACCACAAGCACUGCUUCACAGAAAGGCCCCAUGAGCACAACCGUAGCCGGAUCACAGGAAGGAAGCAAGGGGACAAAACCACCUCCAGCAGUUUCUACAACCAAAAUUCCUCCUGUAACAAAUAUUUUUCCCCUGCCAGAGAGAUUCUGCGAGGCAUUAGACGCGAGGGGGAUAAAGUGGCCUCAGACACAAAGGGGAAUGAUGGUUGAACGACCGUGUCCCAAGGGAACAAGAGGAACUGCCUCCUAUCUCUGCAUGGUUUCCACUGGAACAUGGAACCCUAAGGGCCCCGAUCUUAGCAACUGUACCUCACACUGGGUAAAUCAGCUGGCUCAGAAGAUCAGAAGUGGAGAAAACGCUGCUAGUCUUGCCAAUGAACUGGCGAAACAUACCAAAGGGCCAGUGUUUGCUGGAGAUGUGAGUUCUUCGGUGAGAUUGAUGGAGCAGUUGGUGGACAUUCUUGAUGCACAGCUGCAGGAACUGAAACCUAGUGAAAAGGAUUCCGCUGGACGGAGUUAUAACAAGCUCCAAAAACGAGAGAAGACAUGCAGGGCUUACCUUAAGGCAAUUGUCGACACAGUGGACAAUCUUCUGAGACCUGAAGCUCUGGAAUCCUGGAAACACAUGAAUUCUUCUGAACAAGCGCACACAGCAACGAUGUUACUCGAUACAUUGGAAGAAGGCGCCUUUGUCCUGGCUGACAAUCUUGUAGAACCAACCAGGGUCUCAAUGCCCACAGAAAAUAUUGUUCUGGAAGUGGCAGUGCUCAGUACAGAAGGACAGGUCCAAGACUUUAAAUUUCCUCUGGGCAUCAAAGGAGCAGGCAGUUCAAUCCAACUUUCUGCAAAUACUGUCAAACAGAACAGCAGGAACGGGCUUGCGAAGUUGGUGUUCAUCAUUUACCGGAGUUUGGGACAGUUUCUAAGUACAGAAAACGCAACCAUAAAACUGGGGGCUGACUUUAUUGGUCGGAAUAGCACCAUUGCAGUGAAUUCCCACGUCAUUUCAGUUUCAAUUAAUAAAGAAUCCAGCAGAGUAUACUUGACAGAUCCUGUGCUUUUUACCCUGCCACACAUUGAUCCUGACAAUUAUUUCAAUGCAAACUGCUCCUUCUGGAACUACUCAGAAAGAACUAUGAUGGGAUAUUGGUCUACCCAGGGCUGCAAGCUGGUUGACACUAAUAAAACUCGUACGACGUGUGCAUGCAGCCACCUAACCAAUUUUGCAAUUCUCAUGGCCCACAGGGAAAUUGCAUACAAAGAUGGAGUUCACGAAUUACUCCUUACCGUCAUCACCUGGGUGGGAAUUGUCAUUUCCCUUGUUUGCCUGGCUAUAUGCAUCUUCACCUUCUGCUUUUUCCGUGGCCUACAGAGUGACCGCAAUACUAUUCACAAGAACCUUUGUAUCAACCUUUUCAUUGCGGAAUUUAUUUUCCUAAUAGGCAUUGACAAGACGAAAUACAUGAUUGCCUGUCCAAUAUUUGCAGGACUACUACACUUUUUCUUUUUGGCCGCUUUUGCUUGGAUGUGCCUAGAAGGUGUACAGCUCUACCUAAUGUUAGUUGAAGUUUUUGAAAGUGAAUAUUCAAGGAAGAAAUAUUAUUAUGUUGCUGGUUACUUGUUUCCUGCCACAGUGGUUGGGGUUUCAGCUGCUAUUGACUAUAAGAGCUAUGGAACAGAAAAAGCUUGCUGGCUUCAUGUUGAUAACUAUUUUAUAUGGAGUUUCAUUGGACCAGUUACCUUCAUUAUUCUGCUAAAUAUUAUCUUCCUGGUGAUCACAUUAUGCAAAAUGGUGAAGCACUCAAACACUUUGAAACCAGAUUCUAGCAGGUUGGAAAACAUUAAGUCUUGGGUGCUUGGCGCUUUUGCUCUUCUGUGUCUUCUUGGCCUAACCUGGUCAUUUGGGUUGCUUUUUAUUAAUGAGGAGACUAUUGUGAUGGCAUAUCUCUUCACCAUCUUUAAUGCUUUCCAGGGAGUGUUCAUUUUCAUCUUUCACUGUGCUCUCCAAAAGAAAGUACGCAAAGAAUACGGCAAGUGCUUCAGACACUCCUAUUGCUGCGGCGGCCUCCCAACUGAGAGCCCCCACAGUUCAGUGAAGGCAUCGACCACCAGAACCAGCGCUCGCUACUCCUCUGGCACACAGAGUCGUAUAAGAAGGAUGUGGAAUGACACUGUGAGAAAACAGUCUGAAUCUUCUUUUAUCUCAGGUGACAUCAAUAGCACGUCAACACUUAAUCAAGGACAUUCACUGAACAAUGCCAGGGAUACAAGUGCCAUGGAUACUCUACCGCUAAAUGGUAAUUUUAACAACAGCUACUCACUGCGCAAGGGGGACUAUAACGACAGCGUGCAAGUCGUGGACUGUGGACUAAGUCUGAAUGAUACUGCUUUUGAGAAAAUGAUCAUUUCAGAAUUAGUGCACAACAACCUUCGGGGCGGCGGCAAGACUCACAACCUCGAGCUCGCGCUACCAGUCAAGCCCGUGAUUGGAGGCAGCAGCAGCGAAGAUGACGCCAUCGUGGCCGACGCUUCGUCUUUCAUGCACAGCGACAACCCGGGGCUGGAGCUCCAUCACAAAGAGCUCGAGGCGCCGCUCAUUCCUCAGCGGACUCACUCCCUUCUGUACCAGCCCCAGAAGAAGGUGAAGCCCCAGGGGACUGACAGCUACGUCUCCCAGCUGACGGCCGAGGCGGAGGACCACCUGCAGUCCCCCAACAGAGACUCUCUCUACACAAGCAUGCCCAAUCUUAGAGACUCUCCCUAUCAAGAGAGCAGCCCCGACGUGGAAGAAGACCUCUCUCCCUCCAGGAGGAGUGAGAACGAGGACAUUUACUACAAAAGCAUGCCAAAUCUUGGAGCUGGCCAUCAGCUUCAGAUGUGUUAUCAGAUCAGCAGGGGCAACAGCGAUGGUUACAUCAUCCCCAUUAACAAGGAAGGGUGUAUCCCUGAAGGAGACGUUAGAGAAGGACAAAUGCAGCUGGUAACAAGUCUUUAACAGUGCAGCUGAGGAAUCCCAGGGGCCACACGCAAGUAUUCGUGAAGACUCCGCUGGCCCAGCGCAGCUCCCUUGGCCUCCGCCUGAAGAGAUGGCCCUGUUGACCUGUGGUUCUCCAGUGUAAAAAGAGGACUGAACCUUGAAGUUCUGUGAAUUUUUAUAAAACGUACAAAAACUUUGUAUAUACACAGAGUAUACUAAAAUGAUUAUUUGUUACAAAGAAAAGAGAUGCCAACCAGGUAUUUUAAGAUUCUGCUGCUGUUUAGAGAAAUUGUGAAGCAAGCAAAGCAAAACUUUCCAGCCAUUUUACUGCAGCAGUCUGUGAACUAAAUUUGUAAAUACGGCUGCACCGUUUUUGUAGGGCCUGCAUUGUAUUAUAUACAAGACGUAGGCUUUAAAAUCCUGUGGGACAAAUUUACUGUACCUUACUGUUCCUGACAAGACUUGGAAAAGCAGGAGAGAGAUUCUGCGUCUGUUUGCGGUUCACUGCAAAUCUUUUACAUUAAGGCAAAGAUUGAAAACAUGUUUAACCACUAGCAAUCAAGCCACAGGCCUUAUUUCAUAUGCUUUCCUCAACUGUACAAUGAACUAUUCUCAUGAAAAAUGGCUAAAGAAAUUAUAUUUUGUUCUAUUGCUAGGGUAAAAUAAAUACAUUUGUGUCCAACUGAAAUAUAAUUGUCAUUAAAAUAAUUUUAAAGAGUUUGAAGAAAAUAUUGUGGAAAGCUCUUGGUUGCACAUAUGUUAUGAAAUGUUUUUUCUUACACUUUGUCAUGGUAAGUUCUACCCAUUUUCACUUAUUUUCCACUGUACACAGUGUUCUGCUUUGACAAGUCCGUCUUUAUUCUUACAUUUAAAUUUCUUAUUGCCAAAAGAGCGUGUUCUGUGGGGGGAAAAAACUCUUUGAAGCCAGUUACGCCAUGCCUUGCACAAAUGUGGUGAAAUCUAGAAAAGAGUGUGUGUUCCCCCUCUGUUUAUUCUUGAACAGAGGGCAAUGAGGGCACUGGGCACUUCUCACAAACUUCCUAGUGAACAAAAGGUGCCUCUUCUUUUUUAAAAAAGAAAAUAAAACCUAAAUGUUACUCUUCCAUAUUCCUUCUGCCUAUAUUUAGUAAUUAAUUUAUUUUAUGAUAAAGUUCUAAUGAAAUGUAAAUUGUUUCAGCAAAAUUCUGCUUUUCUUUUCAUCCCUUUGUGUAAACCUGUUAAUAAUGAGCCCAUCACUAAUAUCCAGUGUAAAGUUUAACACGGUUUGACAGUAAAUAAAUGUGAAUUUUUUUCAAGUA